AUGUCAUUCCAGCCAUUCUCCGGAAAGGUCAUCGCCAUCACGGGUGCAGCAAGGGGAAUUGCACGAGGCACUGCUAUUUAUCUUGCGGAGCGGGGAGCGUCUCUGUCUCUUUCAGAUGUCCUUGAACCGCAGCUGAAAGAAUUGUCCGACGAAAUCAAAUCGAAAUUCCCCAGUAUCAAAUUCAUUACGCAAAUUGUCAAUGUCGCCAACUCUACAAAUGUGGACCAGUGGAUCAAGAGAACCGUCAGCGAACUUGGCGGCCUCGAUGGUGCCGUCAACUUUGCAGGUAUUUUGCACAACAAUACUGCCAGAUUUGUCGACAUCAAGGAUGACGACUGGGAUCGACUUAUGUCGAUCAACCUGACGGGCACUAUGUACUCGAUGAGAUCUGAGCUUGCUGUUAUGAACAAAGGCGGUAGUAUUGUUAACGCCUCCAGCGUUGCUGCACUUAGGGCAGGCCCGGGAGUUGUUGCAUACGCGGCAUCUAAGGCCGCUGUUAUUUCUCUUACGACAUCAGCCGCAAAGGAGGUUGGCCUUCAGGAGAUCAGGGUUAACGCUCUCUGCCCAAGCGGAAUUGAGACCCCGAUGUUUAGACAACUAGCCGAGAGUGGAUAUACCGACGAGAUGGUGCUAGUUCCACACGCUAUCAAGCGGCUCGGAAAGGUUGAGGAGGCUGCAGCUCUUAUUGCUUUCCUUCUCGGAGAUGACUCAAAGUACAUCACUGGAGAGACUAUCAGAAUCGAUGGAGGCAUGUGUGCUUAA